UGACCUUUUUCCGAAGCUACGAAGUGUUGAAGAACAGACAAUCGUCGCCUGUGCUCCCACUAGAAUCUUGGCUGUGUUGGCACCUCAGAACCCCCCAUACGACGGGCCAACAGCCCCCCCCUGCGAGAAUGUUCAACACAGUGCCGGGAUACGAAGGCACAUCACCAGAAGGAAGUGGAGGAGGAUUCGUUCCCCCACCGGAUGCAGGUUUACCCUACCGUCCUGGAAAUCCUGCUCCUGCUCAAACAGAGUGGAACAUCCCAUCUAUAUCUGAAGAUACGGCCAGAGAUGCUCUGGUCCAGUAUGCCUCCAGUAAAUGCUGUUAUAGCACUAAGCCUGCAGAAACGUUAGUGUUCUCCAACCUCGAGUCUCACAACACUUACAGGUAUCGUCUGGAGACGUUUACUGAAUCCAGAUCAACUGAAUGGGCACAUGAGCUGUAUAGAGGUCAGCCUGUGGAUGCAUACACUCAGCCUCCUCCUGCUCCAUGGGCCAUACCAGCCAAGGCACCCACCAUGUUUAAAGAUGCAACACAGGAAAUUAAAAUCCCUAAUACAGCUUAUGUUAAGCCAUGCCACACCUGUACGGGAAUGGGUAUGAUACCUUGCACGAAAUGUGCACGAUGUGGAAGUAAGCAAUGCUGGGUGUGCAAUGGUUCUAGAGUCCGUGCAGGUGGUGAAAGCUGCCACCAUUGCAAUGGCAGUGGCCGCACUACCUGUGAUGGCUGUAAUGGCACUGGAUUGAACUCUUGUAACACCUGCAAAGGAAAAGGACAACUGCUGGUCUAUAUUAGACUGAAAAUAAAAUGGAAGAACAAUGUGGACGACUUUGUAGUAGACCAGGAGUCUGGAUUUCCAAUCAAUCGGGUCAGCGCGGUGACUGGAAAAAAGGUUUUUGUUGACAAACAGCAUAUGGUGUCUCCUGCUGUAGGUUCUCCAGACCCUGACAUUAGUAAGGCUGCUAAGAGACUGGUGAGGCAACACCAUGCCAAAUUUGCUUCUACAUACCGUAUUCUUCAGCAGCGGCAAACCAUUGAGCUGAUUCCCAUCACCAAAGCAAGCUACAGCUUUCAAGAGAAGGACUACACUUACUUUGUCUACGGAGCUGAGCAUAAAGUCUACACAGAGGACUAUCCUGCAAAGUGUUGCUGCUGUACUAUUAUAUGAAUUUAUAUCUAAAAAAAAA